CAGUCCCCGGCGCCGGGCAGGAGGCGUGGCCCAGCGGGCGCGAGGGCGGGGCCUUUCUAGCCCAGCGAAUUCGGAGCGGGGCCCGAGGAGCGACGGCGGCAGCCUGAGCAUGAACCGGUUCAAAGCGUCCAAGUUCCGCCACGCCGCGGCCAAAGUGGCCCGCAAAGAGGCCUGGAUCGGAGGCAUCCAAGCUGGCUCCCCAACUGCUUCAGGAAACCACAUCAAGGCCAACUGCCGCUGGAUUGCAUUCAACACAGACUUGGCAGGUGUGCUGGGCAUCGUGCCUCUCCAGAGCCAGAAGGGGGCCAAGAGGGCGGCUUCACAGCUGUGCUGUCACUCAGAUGUGGUGACAGAUUUCGACUUCUCGCCCUUUGACGAGCAGCUCCUGGCCACAUGCUCUGCUGAUGAAGUUGUGAAGGUCUGGCGUCUCCUGGAUUCCAACCAAGACCUGACUUCUUCCCCCCACACCACACUAGGGCCAGAGGGGAGCCAGGUGGAUGUGGUCCUCUUUCACCCCACAGCAGAUGGUAUACUGGCCACUGGGGCUCAGAGGGUGGUGAAAGUCUGGGAUGUAAAGCAACAGCAGACCCUGGCAGAGCUGGAGAGUCAUGACGACCAGGUCCAGAGUUUGGCUUGGAAGCCAGAUGGCUCCCUCCUGGGCACUUCCUGCAAGGAUAAAAAGCUGCGGAUCUUUGACCCACGUGCCAAGCCUACAGCCUGUCAGAGUGUCCUGGCCCACGCGAAUGGCAAGGACUCCCAGCUGCUCUGGGUGAACACUGAAGGCUGCCUUCUCUCUGUUGGAUUUAACCAGAUGAGGGAGCGCGAAGUCAGGCUUUGGGACACACGGAGAUUCAGCAGCUCUCUGGCUUCCAUCACCUUAGAUGCAUCCCCCAGGGCCUUGAUCCCACUCUUUGACCCCAGCACUGGCCUCCUCAUCCUGGCAGGGAAGGGGGAGAAGGUGCUUUUCUGCUACGAGGUGUUGCCCAGUCAGCCUGUGCUGACAGAAGUCAACCAGUGUCUGAUGGAGACCAAGUCUCAGGGACUAGCCCAGGUGCCCAAGCUGGCCCUGGACGUCAUGGCCUGUGAGGUGAUGCGAGUCCUGCAGCUGAGCGACAACGCCGUCAUCCCCGUCAGCUACUUGGUGCCCCGGAAGUCCACGCAGGAGUUCCACAAAGACCUGUUCCCCGACUGUGCUGGAAACACCCCUGCAGCAUCCGCAGAGGCCUGGUGGGCUGGAGACAACAGCCAGGUGGAGCGGAUCAGCCUCCAUCCAGCCCACCGGGCCGGCAAGGCCUUCACCUCUGCCUGCCUCCCAGAGAGCCAAGCCCCCGCCGUCUCCACCCAGGCUGAGGGCCCGGAGACAAGUGACGGCAGCGGCCUCUCCUCUCCCACCAGCUCUCUGACGUCACCCUCCAGCCUGGCACCGUCUCUCUCUGCCACCAGCGGCUUUGCCUCCAGCCCGAGUCAGCGGUCCUUGCAAGGCAUUCUGGGACCCAGCUCGGGGUUCCGUCACAUCCAGGGCACCGUCUUGCACCGCAACACCCACAUCACCAACCUCAGGGGGCUGAACCUCACCACGCCAGGGGAGUGCGAUGGCUUCUGUGCCAACCGGCGGCAUGUUGCCAUUCCGCUCCUGUCUGCAGGAGGACAGGUGGCCGUUCUGGAGCUCGCAAAGCCAGGCCGCCUCCCAGAUGCCCCCAUGCCCACCAUCCAGAAUGGGGCUCCCGUCUCAGAUCUCUGCUGGGACCCCUUUGACCUGCAGCGCCUGGCGAUAGCUGGAGAAGACGCCAAGAUCCGUCUUUGGCGCAUUGAGUCCGGAGGACUGCAGCAGACGCUGCUGGAGCCUGAGGCAGUGCUGCGAGGCCAUACAGAGAAGAUUUACUCCAUCAAGUUCCACCCUCUGGCUGCAGACAUCCUGGCCUCCUCCUCCUAUGACAUGAGUGUCCGGAUCUGGGAUGUGCGUGGUGGGAGGCAGGAGCUGACUCUGGAUGGACACAGGGACCAGAUCUUCAGCCUGGCCUGGAGCCCAGAUGGACAGCACCUGGCCACAGUCAGCAAGGAUGGCAAAGUGCGGGUCUAUGAUCCCCGACAGGCUUCCCAGCCCCUGCAGGAAGGCCCAGGACCCGAGGGAGGCCGGGGGGCUCGCAUCAUCUGGGUGUGUGGAGGCAGAUACCUGCUGGUCUCAGGCUUUGACAGUCGCAGCGAGCGCCAGCUCUCUCUCUACCAGGCAGAGUCGCUGGCAGCUGGGCAGCCGGUGGCAGUUGUCAGCCUUGACGUCUCUCCUUCCACCCUCAUCCCCUUCUAUGACGCAGACACGGGCGUGGUCUUCCUCACAGGAAAGGGUGACACCAGAGUGUUUAUAUACGAGGUUGUCCCAGAAGCGCCCUUCUUCCUGGAGUGCAACAGCUUCCUGUCCAGUGACCCCCACAAGGGCUACCAGUUCCUUCCCAAAACUGAGUGUGACGUGCGAGAUGUUGAGAUUGCACGGGCCCUGCGCCUCAGGCAGACCUCCAUCGAACCAGUCGCCUUCCAGGUGCCCCGGGUGAAGAAAGAAUUUUUCCAGGAUGACCUUUACCCGCCCACAGAGGUGUGGUGGGAACCUGCCCUGUCAGCUGCUGCCUGGCUUGGGGGCUCGAACGGGCAGCACCAGAGGCUCAGCCUUCGGCCCAAAGACAUGACCCCAGUGAGCAAAGCCCCGAAGGACAUCCCCAGCAAGAAGUCUGUCCCAUCUUCCGUCUACCUGGAGCAGAAGUCAGACCAGCAGAAGAAAGAGGAGCUCCUCAGUGCCAUGGUGGCCAAGCUGGGCAACCGAGAUGACCCGCUCCCACAGGACUACUUUGAAGGCGUGGAUGAAGAGGAGUGGGACUGAGGGUGGAAACUGAGGCCAGGAGCCGCAGCAGCCUUUCUCCUGCCCCUGGAGCCCAGCCAGCCUCUCCCCCAUGGACUGGAGCAUCCCCAGACGUCAGGCCUCCCUGCAAGGGGCCAGUGGGUGGCCGGCUCUUCUCCCCAACACUGCCGCUCUGGAUGGGGGGCAUCUGCCCACCCGUCUACAGCGAUGCUCCUAUCUUGCGUACUGCUUCUUUCCUCUCCCUGGAUCUGCCUGCUUGCCUGCCUCUGGGCUGCUGCCACCUGGGGCAGGAAUCCGCCCAGGCUGACGUCUUUACAGCCAAACCCAGGAACGCCAGAAACUCCCAGCGGUAACAGCCAAGCAUGAGGGCAGCUCAGGGUCCAGAAGGGCUGGUUGAGGCGCCUGGUUGCCAUGCGAGUGGACAUCCAGGGUGGGUCCUUGGAGGCCGAAGCUGGGCACUGAACAGCAGCAGCCCCUUCUGCCCCCUGCGCCCCUGCUGCAUCCCUGGGCCUGGCUGCAGCUUUGCCCUGUGGCUCUCCAGCUGCAGAGACGGAGGCGCUGAGCCGAGCUGGUGCAGGCCGCCUCCCCUUCGCCACCUGCAGCCAGCGUUGUGCCUGACCAUGGCCGGCCACUGCAAGCUCCCUCAAGUAGCAGCGCCAGAGCAGAGGGGGAGGCUGUCUUGCAGGGCUGUGCAGUUCGGGGCAGAAGUGCAGUGGCCGUGGGGCAGGACAGGGGGGCAGGACAUUGGAAUGCUGUUUUUAAAGAGCUGUGCCUGGAAUUGUCCUUGUUCUUGCCAGGCUUGUCCUGGGAGCAGAACUCGCCUUCUGCCCCUGCUCUGCCCACAGUAUGAAAGCGCUCCUUCCA